AGAGUUAUUUGCGAAUUGCAUUGUGGGAGAGGGAGAUUCUCGCUCUCAUUGGCUGCAUGUGUGCGGGAUGAUGGCUGCUGUCGGUGCUUCGGAGCUGCUGCUAAAGUCAGUGAAGUCCAUCGCUGUGCGAUUCUGUCCCUUUGAGCCCAAUGUCCGGCACGUUAGAGAAUUUUUGGAUAUUAUAAACUCCAAAAAAAUCCGCUCUUCCAACGCAAACUGUGACAUUGCUGUAGAUGUGAGGCAUGAUCGGAGUGAACCCCACGUGGAUAUUCUGUUUGCUGACGGUGAGCGACUUGUGAUAAAAGGACCCAAUGUGACCUCCAAGGAAAUGUUAUCAGCUUUAAAUGUAAAAUGUGCCUCCAAGAACCUGCAAGUAAAAGACAGUGGGAAAAAGUAGUGUGUGGAGAGGCUUGCCUCUUGUUCAUCAUUCCUGAGCCAUGCCAUUAAGCAACCUUCCACCUGGGGCACAGCAGCCGCACAAUCUCUUUCUGCUAUGACUGGCAGGGAACUUGCCUUGAUAAGCCCAAGCCGAUGGCUGUCUUCUGGUGACCCGGCAGAGUCACUCUGAGCUGAAAUCCAUAAUUCACACAAGAUCCUCGGAUUUGCUUUCUCUUUGUUAAUAUUUUUUUUCAGCAGCAUAAAAAAACGUAUACAGAAACACAUUUCCACUGUUAUAGAGCUAAAUAUAACUUAUCUGAAACCAGGGUUUGUAUUAUAAUUAUUCUUUUAUAAAGGGGACACUGUCACCCUAAAACUUUCAUAUAUCUGAAAUCAGGGUGUAAUAGUGCAUAAUGUAACUUUAGUUUGGGCAAGCCACUACUUUGCCAUGAAGUCUGAUCUUAUUUCCUGCUGCUUGCGAGACUCUACAUCCCCAUUUCUUAACAUUUACUCCCCAGAUGUUGCAGGACUACAAUUCCCAUAAUCCUCCAAAAAUACCAUUAGCCAAAAUAUGCAUGAAGUUGUGGUUCCAUAACAUAUGGAAACCUAAGGUUUGGUAACAGCUCUAUUUCUUGAUUAGCAAUGAUUCUCUGAAAGCUGUGAUUCUAAAUAAAGAAUCCGUGUAAUCUUUGAUUCCUU